AUGUCUUCAAACAAGAUGGAGCAGAGCCUCGACGACAUCCUCAAGGCUUCUAAGACCUCCCGCCGUGGUCGUGGCGCUCGCCGCUCUGGCGCUGGACGACCGGCCGCUGCUGCCGCCCCUGUAGGCGGUGUCGCCAAGUCGACCAAGCAAGGCAACAAGCAAUCCAAGCCUGCGCCCACUGCUCCCGCCGCUUCUUUCGGCGGCGGUGAGACCAAGAUCAUGGUAUCCAACUUGCCACGGGACAUUGACAACUCCCAACUCCAGGACUACUUUGUGAAUGCUGUUGGUGUAGGUCGCCCGAAGAAAGUUCUUCUCCAGUACGAUGCCCAGGGCCGCAGCGUUGGCAGCGCUACCGUCAUCUUCCAGAAGCAUGACCAGGCCGCCAAGGCCACCUCCCACCUCAAUGGCGUCAAGAUUGACGGCCGCCCUGUUCGCGUGGAGAUGCUCGUCAGCGCCGCCGCCCUUCCCGCCGCCACUCGCCCAUCUUCGCUCGCCGAUCGUGUAACUCAGCCGAAGAAGGACAAGCCGAAGCCGGCCACCGCUGAGAAGGCUGCUCCCGGUGCCGCUCGUGGACGUGGCCAGACCCGUGGCAAAGGAAAGGGCCGUGGUGGUCGCGAGGCCCGCCCCAAGAAGAAGACCGUCGAGGAGCUCGAUGCCGAGAUGGCCGACUACUUCCCUGGCAGCGAAACCAUCGCUGCUGCUGGCGGCGCUGAGGUUGCACAAAUCACCGCCGGCGGUGACACUGCUAUGGACGACGAGAUGCUCUGA